UUUCAACUGUCGGGUUUCUACUAGGUCCUUGGGCAAGCAAUUCCAGAGGCUAAUACUUUAAGUCGGCGACUUUCAUACCGAUUCAAUAAACUCAUCUUCACGACCUCGCCAUGCGCUCAUUCACAUCUUUCCCCCGAGGCCUCCGUGCCAUCCAGAGCUCUCUUCCCCGAACUGCCAUCUCGCGCCCUACAUCCAGACCUUUCUCUCAACUCAUCAACCGCUCCACCCGAUCAUCCCCCGCACUUUCCUGGGCGGCGGUCAGAAUCUCCGUACCGGCCUCUACACUCCGUUACAACUCUAGCUCUGCGAGGCCUCUCACGGAUCAGUCCGCGGACGCUGCCAGAGAUGCGGAGAACGAAGAACAGAACAGGAAACGCCGGGAACAAGAACCGGCCUACCAAAUUACCUUCACAUGCAAGCCGUGCGGCGAGCGCUCGUCUCACCGUAUGUCCAAGCAGGGUUAUCACCGCGGGACGGUCGUGAUCCGUUGUCCGUCCUGUAAGAAUCGUCACAUCAUCAGCGAUCACCUCAAUAUCUUCUACGACAAGAAGACGACAUUGGAGGAUAUCUUGGCCGAACAGGGAAAUAAACUGAAGCGGGGGUAUGUGGAAGGAGACAUGGAAUUCUGGGAUGAUGGAUCGGUGACCCCGAAGGAGGGUGAGGAGGCGAAGCCCGAUCAGGGACAGUUGCCUUGAUCUAUCUGUCCCUGUGGGAGUUUAAUGGAUAAUGAAAAGAGGCCUGGCUGUCGGUUGCAUAUCUACAUUCGAAGAGUUACACUACCAAAAGUCUGCAUAGAGUUGCUGGUUCAAAAGAUACAUGGGUAUACAGGCGUUGUUGGUUGUCCCGUUUAGAUACCUCUGUGACAUUAUAUACACUCUGCUCUUGCGACCUGUACUAUUAUUAUAACUUCGAUGGAUAUAUUUUGUACUAUAAUAGCAAAUAAUCUAUUCC